AAUUUCAGUUUCAAAAGUCAAAAAUUUUCUAGACAGAACUAACAUUUUGAGAUGUUUUUCUGUCCAGUAGAACUGGACCUGAUAGUCUAAUGUCUUCACUGUGAAACGACCUAAAUGAGUUUAUCACCUGGCCUGAGGGUAAAAAUUCUUCUCUGUGUAGAAAGGGCUGCAGAUGUUUGACCCAGAUUAAAGUUCCUCUGAAUUUCCUUCUGUGUGAAUAGAGAAAUGUUGCGUCUGUCAGAAAACCCCGACUCUAAAUACCACACGUCCGUGAUGAAAGUUGGAGCGGAAAGACUGAGACUUUUCCCAUCCAUCAUGCGCGUCAGGCUGCUGGUUGGCUCAGCCCCAACAUCCGGGACAUCCCGCUGUCUCAGUCCCGAUAUUAGCGCUCCCUUUGCGGAUUACUGGACAGCAGAGCGGCUCGGACUCCGCAGAGCUUCAUCCUCCGGGAGGAAAAGAGGAAAUGCGCUCCCAGAUCCCCGGCAGCUUCUGGCCCAUUUUGGUUAUGGAGACUCCGAACUUUACGCACGGAUCCGCGCCCGUCAACGAGUCGCUGCGCCAGCAGCGGUCAGGCAACUCGACUGAAAUCGCGCUGCCGAUCUUCAUGUUCGCCGGCGGAGCCAUCGGGAAUCUGAUCGCCAUCCUGGUGCUCUCCGUGUCCCGCCAGGAGAAGAAGUCGUCCGCUUUCUUCUCGCUGGUGCGCGGCCUGGCGGUGACGGACCUGCUGGGCACCUGCAUGGCCAGCCCGUUCACCAUCGCCAACUACCUGGGCCACCAGGUGCUGCUGGACCCCAAAGUCUGCGAGUUUGACUCCUUCCUGCUGCUGUUUUUCGGCCUGACCGGACUCAGCAUCAUCGGCGCCAUGGCGGCGGAGCGGUACCUGGCCAUCUGCUGGCCCUACCGGUACCAGCGCUGGGGGGUGAACCGCCGCUCGGCGCAGAAGUUCCUGCUCUUCAUCUACAUCAGCCAUAUUUUGUUCUGCUGCCUCCCCAUGAUGGGGGUGUCCAGGAGCGAGCUGCAGCCGUCCGGAACCUGGUGCUUCAUCGACUGGAAGACCUCGGAGCCCCUGGCCGCCACGUACUCCGUGCUGUACGGGGUCGUGAGCCUGAUGUUGAUCUUCGGAACCAUGGUGCUGAACCUGGCGGUGUGCGGGACGCUGCUGCUGAUGCGCCGCAGAACCGCGCACCGGCCCGCAACCAGAGCCAGCGUCAGGCAGAGGUGGAGAGCGCUGUCCUCGGCCGCGGAGACGCAGAUGAUGACGGUGCUGGUGAUGACCUCCGCGGUGGUUCUGGCCUGUUCGGCCCCGUUAGUGAUCCGUAUUUUCGCCAACCGUUUCCAGAGCGACCAGAAGGCGGACCUGCGGGCGAUCCGGAUCGCCUCCCUGAAUCCCAUCCUGGAUCCCUGGAUCUACAUCCUGCUGCGACGCUCCCUGUUCCGCCGUCUGCUCAGCCGGUCCGGGCGCUGCGACAGCCCCGUCAGCGCCUCCCUGCCGUCGCCUCACAGCGACCCGCCGCUGUGCCCCGAAAUCACCAAGGAGGACCACGUGUUUGCUCAGCUGAUGUGCAACGCCAACAUCAUCACGCAGCUGCCCGCCUCCGUCCGGUUCCCGGCGUUCAGCUCAGACUUCCUGUGCCAGACUUGAAAUUCACCGAUGCCGUUUGCUGCAGGGAAGCAGAGAGAAACUGCACAAAUCCCCAUGGCAACGGGACUAGCAGAUAUUAUUUAUUAGCUGAAACAUGAGCACAAAACUGAGCCUUUACUCUGUACCUGUCUGUGUUUUGUUUGUGUUGCCUGCCUGAAAGCUGUACGGCUAAUUUUAUUGUAAAAUAUCUGGGUCAUUUGUUCCCAUUACACUGCAAAAAUCUUACCAAGUUU